ACCUCGGGUUGUAAAAAAAAAGUCCCUGUCACUCGAAAUAAAACACCAAUUCCCAACAUUCCCCGCGCAAGUGCGCCAGUUCUACCCUGUGGUCAUGGUAACCGAGGGCUUCCUGGGAACUUGAGUCUCCUCUCCCCCUUCUCCCAUUUUCCCACAGGUUUCGCGAGAUUUACACAGGCGGGUAGGUGUGUGGCAACACUUCUGUGCCAGAAGAACUGAACAAUACCGAUGUGAAAUCUGCGUAAAGUACCCUUUGAAUUUCUGGAGGCAUGUCCAAGAAAAGGGGCAGAAAGCGGAGCAGCGGGGAACUGAGCGACACAGUAACCCCGGACCCCAACUGCAUUCUGGGAGUCCGCAUUCAGCACAACUGGCGUGAGAAGGGGAACCAGAGCAAAUGGAAAGGAACAGUCCUGGACAGACUCAGUGUAAAUCCCUCUCUGUUCAUGGUCAAAUACGACGGCUUUGACUGCGUCUACGGCAUCGAGCUGUUCAAGGACGAGAGAGUGUCCAAUCUGCAAGUCCUGUCAGAGAAAGUUGUCAACAACAAACUCAAGAUACCUCCAGGAGCGGAGGAGCUGGUGGGCAAAGCUGUGGAGCAUCUGUUUGAAAAGGAGGAUGGGGAGAAGAAUGAGUGGAGAGGCAUGGUCCUCUCCAGAGCUCCCAUCAUGACCAACUGGUAUUACAUCACUUAUGAAAAGGACCCUGUUCUUUACAUGUACCAACUGUGGGACGACUAUGCUGACGGAGACCUUAGGAUUCUGCCUGAAGCAGAAAACAAGCACCUGUUGCCUGCAGACAGGAAGCCAGGAGAAGAAACAGAGAGUCUGGUGGGGAAACAAGUAGAGUAUGUUACUGACAAAGGUGUGAAGAGAACAGGCCUGGUCAUCUACCAGGUCCCAGCCAAGCCCUCCGUCUAUUACAUCAAAUACGAUGAUGACUUUCAUAUUCAUGUCUAUGACCUUGUCAAAACCACCUAGAGAGAGUGGACACUUUUAUCUCGCCCUCCGGUCGCCCUCCAUCUGCUUCAGUUUCACAUGUUCCAUUAUUCAAAGCCAUGGCAGGGUUUAAUAGCUGACAUGCUUUAUUGUUCAGAAGUCAGUGCAAUCUAUUAUUUUUAUUUUAUUUUUUUUGUAUGCACAGCAGAACUGUAGCACAGCAACGCUUGGCUAUUUUGAGGAGACUGAACCUUCUUGUUUCAUUGUUGCUGCUUUACUUUAUAUAUAACUUAAGGUUUGGACAGUCCCAGGAUCACACUGCAUAUGGGCUUCGCAGUUGUUACUGCGUUUUUCAUUGUCAGCCGUAUUCUGUUUGUGAAGUGGAUGUCUUAAUUAAAUCCCAAUGGCAAACAAAGCUGCUCAGAACGUAUUUUAAAGGACACCAUUCUUUGGAUUAUCUUACUAACUAAGAAGCAUGAUAUACUCACCACAAAAAUAGAACUUUAAGCAAAACAGUGUAAUACACAAACCAACAGGGCCCCUUUAUUUUCAGAAGCCAAUGUACUCUUGCACCUUUGCACCAUAUUAAGUAUUGCAGCAUUCAUUGCUUUAUAAAUUUGCUACUUAGUGUUUAUGCGAUUCCAGCUGGGCAUUUCUUUGUCUGACCCUGAAUGAAGGUUUCUUCACAGUCCCUAAAUCCUAAUUUAACAGCACAAGGAGCACCAGGUCCAUUGUGUUUACAAAUGAGAUGCUAAAUAUGUCUUUAAAUUUGAUCCCACACAAAUGAUAAAGUGCCUUCUGGCUUGUCGUUUUGCAAUAUUGUAGAUUGUAGAUCUUCCUCUCACUUUUUCCGCGCUCUCAGCUAGUCUUUGCAUAUGAAGGUUGCUAUUUAUUUUUAUCCCCAGGUGGCAAAACUGGCAGCUUGAGGUUUUGCAAACCAUCAGUUUGUAUUAGUGUUAUGUUUUGCUCUUAAUCCGACAUAAAAAUAUGCCACGCACCAUCAUUGGUUGCAUAAUCUCACUGCUGAUUAAUGUGGGGAGCACUUUACUGUAUAAAGUUUACAUAUUGAGGUUAUGGUACGCUAUAUUUUUCCCCAAAAUGCAUUUUCUUUAAGAGCAAAUGUGGCAGAAUUAUGCUUUAAAUUAUGCGCAUGAAGGAAAAAAAAGAAAAAGAAAGCUGCAGUGCAUACGGAUGACAGUAUUUACUCUGUAAAAUUUGUGUAAAAUUGUAAUGUUGCCUGUUGUGAUUACUCCAAUUUAUAUAAGUAUCAAAACACCACCAGCUUCUAGUGAAAGAAAAAUACUAUACAUAAAUUAAAAACUGACUAUUUAAAGAUUAUAAUCAACUUAUAAGCCCAUUUGUCUGACAGUGACUAACUGGUUCAAGUGUUUAGAACUUCGCUCAUAUUCCUGCAAAUAUCACAUAUAUGCUCGCAAUAUUCAGCUGAAAUGGUUGUGGCCUUCUCAGCCUUCUAAAUAUCAUUUGUUGUAUUACUCUGGAAGCUUAGCGUCUUAUUUAAGCUGUCAAAGCUCUGCAUGCGUCAUAUCAACAGUGCGUGGACGUUUUCAGACUUUAUUUGACUUUAUUAUACCGUGAAGAAGUGACAGUGUGGGUCAGAAUCAGUACCAUGUUCCUUCAACCAAAUAAAGAUUUAAAAGAUGCACAACGUCACCACUAGUGGUGCUGUUGUGUAGUGUGGAGUCAUGCGUUCCUCCCCCUUGUUGUAGCAGAAUCAGCAAGAAAUUUGUGUCAUUAUUAUUCUGUCAUGAGUAAUAAAGAUUUUUGCACAUUU